GAAGAAUUCUCCGAUGGCAGCAGGCAUACGAUCACCACCUUCCGAGAUACUUACGGAAGAUCAGAUAUAUGAUGAUUUAGAAGUCGAGGAAGCAGCAAUGAACCAGGAGAUUCCUGCCGAUGUAGGUACGUCUAUACCAGUGCCCACACAACGACGAGCCGUACCACCACUCCCCUCACAGGAAUAUGAUGAUUUCCCGGUUGAAGACACAGGACAUUACGAGCAGGAUGGAAUAUAUGCGAAUGACGGUGGCCAUGGAUACGUUGAUGAGAAUGGAAUUUACGUGAAUGGUGGCGACAUUGAAGAACCAAAGAAGAAUGGCUCUUACGAGGCUGACGAUGACCAAGAAGAACUAAAGAAGACAUAUGAUUACUGUGAGAUUCCAGAGGAAUUAUCAAAGCUACACGUUGAGAAGGGCAAACCAUUGAAAACCCUUGACAACAACUCACGGACUGGUGGGGAAAACCAGUCUACAGAAAACAAUGGAGUAUCUACCCAACACAUUAGUUUUCAAGAGGCCUACAAGAAGUUCGAAAGAGGUGGAAAUGAAAAUCCAGCCAUGUCCAAGCCCACGGGCAUCACUAAAUCACCAUACGUUCAUUCCGUGAGUUCUACUAAAAAUUACACACCCUCGGUUCCAGACUCGAGAAAACAGAGCAUUACGUCAGCCAAGGAUAUGCCUCUUCCACCUCUUCCUGGCGAACAAGACGACGAUUUCGAAGUCACCUAUGCUACAUGUUCCUCAAAUCAGGAACAGUUUCAGCUGUUAUCUCAACCAUGGUACCAUGGCAGUGUUGACAGAAAUGAGGCAGUUCGAAAAGUGAAGCAACUGAAGGAGGAUGGAUCAUUUCUGGUUCGUGACAGCGCGACUUCUGCCGAUCAGCCGUACACCCUGGUGUUGCUGUACAACAACGUCGUGAAGAACCUCAAAAUACGAUCGAGAAAAGACGGGAAAGUAACUCUCGGUGAAGAGCAACGAGAUGAAGUUACUUUUAAAGAUGUCGUUGAAUUGGUAGAAUACCAUCAGAAGUUUGACAUCAUCCUUGUCCAAGAGAGAGGGAUGGUAAAGCUGCAGAGAACACCACCGAAAUCUUAACAUUGCGAGGACUAACAACACGCAUCUUGUGAUCACACGAUGUGGACAGCAUUGCAUUUCAAUCAACUACUUUUGUUGUUUCGAGCAUUGUUAUGGGUUUUAUGCUUUCUUGCGAAAGUUCAAUAUGCACCAUCAUAUAUUUAUAACAGCUCUGAAUAGUAGGGUAUAUAAUAGUAUUAUGUGACAUUGUUUAUUUAUGUAAAUAUUACAUAUAUUCAGGAACGGAUCAAAGGGGUGGGAGGGGUCACAUGGGUCCCGUGAUCCCCUUUGAAAGACAUUAAGGGCCACAAGUCUGCUGUGACCACUAUUUUUAUAUUGGCAUAACAUAUUGUAUUAACAUAAUUGCUGUACAUUAGUCUAGCCUCAACAAACUGAACAAAAUUAGGAAUUACCUUUACCCUUACAAUUAUGCGUGUUGAUGGUCUAUUUUUUAAUAGAGGUGGCACAAAACCCUUUGUGUUUUAACUAGAAUUUAAAGAUCCUUAGCACGUGGACGGAUACGUUUUCACUUUUUGUGAUUAUAUAAUAUAAUUCUUUGACCAAAAAUGGGGUGGGGGCGGGCCCCCGUCUGAAUCCGCGCCUGGUAAAAUAAUACAUUCCCGUCCAAGACACUGCACCAUGACUGGCAUAUUUAAUCUUCUGGUAUGUGUUUUAAAGGGACAUUCCUGAGUUUGCUGCACUUUUUAAGAUGUUAUUGAUUAACAGAGACUUUUUAAUGAUUGUAAUUACAUAUCAAAUAUAUUUUUCUGCAUAAAAUAUUAGUGACUGUAUAUUAAACGUUCUAAUAGUUGUACUAGCUUAAAUUUCAUCUAUUUCCUGAAAUGUUGUUCUUUCGUACGUACGAAAUUAUUUGAAGACAAAAACCAGAUCGGGCUUCUUACAAAUAUUAAGACGACUAGAAACACAUUGAAUAUACAAACAUUGAUAUUCUAAACAAGAAAAUAUAUUUAAUAUG